AUGCAACAUGAAACAAUUUGGUGGAUAAAAUAUAGGAGACGAUUCUACAAACCUCGGAAAUAUCUUAGUAUUGAAAUGAUAAUUCGUAAAAGUUUUCUUCAAGCCUUGAAAGAAUAUACGAAAAAUAGCUCUAUAGCCGGUUUGAAGGACUUGUUUAACGCAGAUAUCAAAUGGGCGCAAAGGUUUAUCAAAGUAUUAUUAUUCAUAUCUAUGAUGGGUACUACGUUCUACAUUCUAUAUUACACAUGGCACGGCACACUGGGCAAGCCGCUUGUAAUCACUAUGGAGUCAUCCAACUAUCCCAUAUCGAAGAUCGACUUCCCAGCGGUAGCACUGUGCAAUGUCAACAGAAUUAGCAAGACAUCUUUAAAGAAAACUGCAUUAUAUUUCUAUACUCAAUUAGCUCAUAACGAGACUCUAGCGCAAAUUGAAAAGCUCUGUUUGAAGUUGGGCAGACUGAUUGACUGCUCGUACAACGCUUCCUUGGACAACGUGAGCUGGUUUUGGGAGACGAUGAGAAGGCUGUACAGUACGCGCUCCACGAUCGACCUUAUGAAAAUGUUGGCUCCAAAAUGCGAUGACAUGCUACUAAAAUGUUCCUGGGCUGGAAAAAUCGUUGACUGUAGCAGUAUAUUCACCGUGCGAAGAACUGUUCGAGGACAUUGCUGUGCUUUUAAUUAUAUCCUGAACUACGACAUGGCGGGCAAGCCAAACUCGACAAUAGCGACGGUGAAACGCCAAGCACUUCCCGGCUUAUACCAGGGCCUCAUGUUACUUCUGGACCCGAUGAUUCACGAUUAUGCAUACCCCAUUCACAACAUCGAAGGAUUUGAUGUAUUUCUUUUUGACCCGACUCAUUUCGCUGACCCGACCGGAGGCAAUGUUAUACACAAAAUAAUUGAGCCAAAUCGAGCUGAAUUUGUGCAGCUGAAAUCUGUAAAACAAAGAGCUUCCCCGGAAAUAAGGAAAUAUCCAUUACAAACGAGAAAAUGUCUCUUUCACGACGAGAUGCCAGAGAAAUUUGGCGAAAUGUACAGUUAUAGCGCCUGCUUAGUCAACUGUCGUAUGAACUCCAUGAAAUCUCUAUGCAAAUGCACGCCCUACUACAUGCCCUCGGAUGCUCAUGAACGCGUUUGCACUAUCCACGACUUGCAAUGUCUCAAUAAAUACAAAGAAAAACUUACAUACAUAUAUCCCGUAAACGCCUUGGACUCUGACGGGAUGGACUGGGAGUUGCAAAAUUCGUUGUACUGCCCUGAUUGUCUGCCCGACUGCGAACUCACUCACCAUCGCGUUCAAUCAUUUAAAACUUCACUAACCAUUGAAGAGAACCACAAAAAUAAGGCAUACCCCUACAGUAUCCUCGAAAAUAUGAAUUUAACUGAUAAAUGUAUUUUGGCCAUAUAUCAAUCUACAGCUGACGGAAUGGUAGACAGAUUAGAUGUGGUGUCAUAUUGGUUUGAAGUGCUAAGUAACCUGGGUGGUUUCGGUGGAAUUUUAGUUGGAUUUUCUAUUAUUUGUGCAACGGAAGUGUUUUACUUUUUCAUAAUGCGCUUUCUUAAAUUAAUAGUUAUAAAUUACAACGAUUACCACUAGUUUAUUAUUUGCAAUGGUCUCAUUAUGCAAUUUUAUUCAUUAUAUUAUAUUUAUUGUUUAUUUAUUAUUGUAUAUAAGCUCGGCAUUAUUAUUUUAAAACCUUUACCUAAGUAGAUGAGAGUUUAAAAAGAAUUACCGUUUACA